ACGCACGUAGCUGUCAGUAGGAAAUGCAGUUUGUCCGUGUAGGAUGCACCCUUACCGCAAUGCCUGGAUAAAUCAUCACACCAAAUUCCUUUGGUUCAGUAUAAAAGGUGUAACCAGGAGGCUUACUUUAAUUUGGUUGUUUUGGAUAUAUUGAGCUCUCAUGUCUAGACAUUCAGCCAACUAGCUAGGCUAACAGAAACAGAACACUAACAACGCUAAUGCUAAUUGUUACAUUAGGCUAAAAUUAGCUAACUUAGCUAGCUAGCUUGCUGAUUGCAGGACGUUUGCUGUUUCACUAGCUCACGCCUUUGAGUGGUUUCUAGCCUGGUCUCUCUCUUUCGUGUUAUCAAACGGAGGAGGUUGUCGAACCGGAGCUGUGGCGGGGGGACGUGCCUACAUGAACCCCCUGGCUGUCCAGGCGGACGGAUCACAGUGACACGUCGGUUGUAGGAGAGAUCAGAGUGGAACAAUGGCUGAACUCUCCACCUUAUCUCCAUCAUCACCUGCAUUGAGUGAUCCUCAUGCAGCUCCAUCUUUAUCAGCUCUCCCUUCUAAUAAUCCUGCUUCAGAGUCCGUCAAGGAGAUAGCCAUACCCAAGUCUUCCCUUUACAAUGACAAAGCUUUGACUGGAAGUACUCCCACAACACUCUCAGGGAGUUCACUCUCAACUCCACAUCUUCCCUUAAGUCCCACAAAACACACUCCUGAGACCUCCCUCCCAUCAGUGGUACAUGAAGCUGUUCCACAAAGAGAGGAAUUGGCAGGGAAUGAUACAGGAACUGGAGCUCAUGUUAAUAGGCAGGAGAGUAGGAAACCAGGUGUUACGGAGCUCUUGAAUACUGAAACUUCUGAACUUGCAAGUGAGCCAUCACCUCCAAGAACAGCGCUACAGGCUUCAUCUUCUCCCGAUCAAAAUCCUGGUCCAAAUCUAUACCCUGACGUGCAUGUCAACUAUAACCCAAACUCCAUCAUGGAUGAUGGUCAGCUAACAGUGAGUCAGUCUCAGAUGAGUGCUGACUCCAAUUCCACACCUGCUCCCUCAGCAUCAUCAACAACAGAUGAGGAUAAGCCUCAGCCACUCCAGGAAGCACUAAAACCUCAAAGUGAGCCUCUGCCUCCCCCUCUUUCUCCAAAGCACGACACUUCCAGUGAAGUCAAGGGAGAACUGUUUGCUACCCCAACCAGAGUUGGACCCCCUAGCCCAACUGUCCCACUGAUCCAUGAGCCACCCUUCCCGCUACCCAGUCCACGGCCAGCCCCUGACAACCUCAGCUACUUAGAAUCAGCCAGUCUGAUGUCGGGAACAUUGGAGUCCUUGUCUGGAUUGGGAGAGGAUGGGAGCUCUGUGGGCUCAGACUCUGAGAUCAAUGGCUUGACUGUGAGACGUACUGAUAAAUAUGGUUUCCUGGGUGGGAAUCAGUACAGUGAAACAGGCGAAAAGGAAGUCCGAGUUGAAGUUGCCAGGCAGAGGGAGUUGAAAUGGCUUGAUAUGUUCUGCCACUGGGAUAAGUGGAUCAAACAUAGUUUCCAGAAGGUGAAGCUGCGCUGUAGGAAGGGGAUUCCGUCUUCUCUGAGGGCCAAAGCCUGGCAGCUGCUGUCCAACAGCCAAGACCUUCUAAAUGCCAACCCAGGGAAAUUUGAGGAACUGGAGAGAGAGCAGGGCGAGGCUAAAUGGCUGGACAUUAUAGAGAAGGAUCUCCACCGGCAGUUCCCCUUUCAUGAGAUGUUUGCUGCUCGUGGUGGCCAUGGACAACAGGAUUUGUACCGAAUCCUUAAGGCCUAUACCGUCUACCGGCCUGAUGAGGGCUACUGUCAGGCCCAGGCUCCAGUGGCUGCAGUGCUACUCAUGCACAUGCCUGCUGAGCAAGCUUUUUGGUGCCUCGUCCAGAUAUGUGAGAAGUAUCUUCCUGGCUACUACAGUGCCGGACUGGAAGCAAUUCAGCUCGAUGGCGAGAUCUUCUUCUCUCUGUUGCGGCGUACAUGUCCAAUGGCAUAUCGUCAUCUUAAGAAAUUCAAGAUUGAUCCAAUUCUCUACAUGACUGAGUGGUUCAUGUGCAUCUUCUCACGUACAUUACCGUGGUCCUGUGUCCUGCGAGUAUGGGACAUGUUCUUCUGUGAAGGGGUAAAGAUAGUAUUUCGUGUGGGCUUGGUGUUACUGAAACAGAUGCUUGGCUCUGUUGAUAAACUGCGAGAACUGCAGGGCAUGUACGAGACCAUGGAGCGUCUUAGAAACAUCUCACCCGACACUAUCCGAGAGGACAUACUGGUACAGGAGGUCAUUACACUCCCAGUGACCGAGGCUCUCAUCGAAAGGGAGUGCAGCGUCCAGGUGAAGAAAUGGAGGGAGUCAAGAGGGGAGCUGACACACCAGCCAAUGCGUCGACUCCAUGGUACAAGAGCCAUCUAUGAGUACAAACGUCGCGCUACCGCCAUCAGUUCUGGUGGUAGCUUCUCAUUCCUUGGAAGCCCAGUCCCACCGCCAGGACCCCUUAGGGCCUCCUCCAGCCUUCUCUCUCUCCCUGGCUUCCGCAAGUCUAAGGCUCCAUUCCACACUCAAGCUAAGAUGGGCUCCUUUUCAGGUCCAUCAGGAGUUGAGGCCCUGCCACCUCGCUCUCCACCUGUAGGAUCAUUAAGCCCAAGCCGAGGCCCCAUUCAUAAACCACCAAUGCCUCCAGGAGCUGGCCAGAGAGCUCCAGCUCCCCAUGUUCAAAGUCCCUUAGUCAUGGGUGAAACUGGCUCAUCCCGUGGGCCAGUUCAAGCUUCAGAGGGCACAUCAGCACAGAGCAAGCCUGAUGCUUCAGCCCCGGUGCAAAGCACACCUGCUCCUAACACUUUGUCCCCGUCUCCUAAGAUUGUCUCAGAGCAAAUUACUCCAACUAUCCCCUCUCCUACUGCAAACAAUGCCCCUCUACAGCCAUGUUUAGAUGCACAAAAAGAGGCAGCACCAUCGGCUAAUGCUACAACUGGAGAGGAAGAAGGAAAGAAGAAGAGGAGAAGUAAAGAGGAAAAGAAGAAGGAAAAGGAAGAUGAGAAGAAAAAACUAAAGGAAAAGAAGGAAAAGGAAAAGGCUGAAAAGGAGAGGCUGAAGAAGGAGAAAGAGAGGCUAGAAAAAGAGAAAAAGAAAGGGGGGAAGAAAAAAGAUAAAGGGGGAGGAGAGGGGGAGGACAAAAACGGAGCUGCAGCAGGGAAAGAUUCGGCCUAGUUUUCACCCUGUCAUUCCAGGAUAAUGAAAAGGGAGCUAAACAAAAAAAGAGGUCAGAUGAACAAAAGACCUACAGAAAACAAGCAAUUAAUUAAAAAAAUGGGAUGGCUUCCUGUGUAACACAUCAUGACUUAAUGUAGUUCAAGGACGAUGAUGGAGAAGAGCCUCAUGGUUUUAAUAGCACCUCGAGGGUCAUUUGCCCUUUCACUUAAUGCUUUCUUUUGACUGAGUUUUAUUGAUGUGGGACAAAUAUACUUUUUCAACUGGAGCACCGGCUGUGAAUCUGAAAAUUUCCUCCUGAGAUUUACAGUCAUUAUCCGUUUUAGUUUUUUAAGUUUUUAUCAUUUUUAACAGACUGAUGGCAGUUGAAAGAGAAACAUCUGCGCAAGGGAUUGUUAAAACGAACACCUUCAGAAAUAGUGCCACAGCUUAUAUAAAUUAAAGUUAUGAUGUAUCGGAUCAAGUCAACACUCCAUAUGUCCCGUCAUGUCUCAUGUGGACAAGUUAUCUGGGGGUGGGAAAAAAAAAAAGAAAAAAAUCCCCUUUGAAAUCAUCUCAAAUGCAGGCACUGAAGAUGGAACUGCUAGUUAUGUUGAGGAUGUAUUUAUUGUCUUGUCAAAUGUGUGUGUUUGUGUGUGUGUGCCUUAGUAGUAACGUGAAAUGUGUUGAUGUUCUACGUGUGGUCUCCCUAUGCCUGCUUUUUUUUUUCUUUUCAUUUUCUCCUCAAGACAAACCACCACUGAAUCCUUUGUUUUUUUCCAAACAAAUAAUUUUUUCUGUGUAAUUAGAAUCCAUCUGAUCUGUAACACAGGUCAAGACAAAAAGACAAAGUACAACCAGACACAGCAUGCAGUGGUGGACAUUCAUUUGCUUGUUUUGUUUAGUUUUUUCUUAAUCAAACUAACUAAAGGGGAGCAUGUAUAGUUUUUUUUUUUAUACUUUAGUAGUUUUAACUUAAGUUUAAACUUACUAUGUCUGGCAGUGAAUUUUGCAAAACGUAGGGGCAAAAUUGUCAAACUGCUUGUGUGAAAACGUACAAGCGCAUCCAUGCAAACGCCAUGCAGACCAAACAACCUAUAAGAUUAGUGUUAAUUUGACAUACUUAAAAAAAUGGUGUAUGCAUUUUUAUUUAGCCAAAUUAUAGAAUGGGUAAGACAUUUGUUCAUUAACCCGUUUGGAAUGUGAUUUCAAGUGUUUAAAAAGAAUGAAGGAUGUGUUUUGCACUUGUGAUUUAGUCACAAAACGCCACUGAAGUUGACAUAGAAACUGAGUAGUUUUGAAAUCUCUGCCUUGAGGACCUAUAGGAAGCCACAUGACUGGAGGUGCAAGGUGUGCCAAUGUAGCGUUAACCUCUGAUCCUUGACUUGCGGGUAAUGGUGUAUUUAUGUACAAAGUGGUUAAUUUAAUCUAAUAUAGUAUAUUAUUAAUUAUUUUCAUUCUGACUAUUUUUCUAUAUGAGCAAGCGAUGCCUGGUGGACUGGAAAGAUGGCAGACUACACAGUGUAGCUGCAGGGGGAUCUAUUUUAACUUUUUUUUGCACGUCAAGUCCUCUGCUUUUACACAACAAACUUGAUGCACGUCUUUACUAUUAUUUGAGUUUACUGUCAUUAUUGGUUUGUUCAACUAAGUUCACAAGUCUCCAGUAUAAAGAAGUGCAGUAUUAAAUGGACUUGAGUGAAAAAUGGGCCUCCAAUAGAACAAACGUUGAGACUAAUUAUACAGAAUCUGUGGGAGUUUGUACUUUAUAAUAUACUAAGUGGUGAUACAUGAGCUUUGAACUGCUCUGAAAUGGAAAAUCUUCAUUAUGUUUAUAUCACCAAGUUGUGUUGUAAUAUUCAUAAUGACUCCUGAACUAACACCCUAUCUAUUUACACUCAGUGUUCUGUACUGUAACUUAUUUACGAAAACAUUAAAUGGCACUGAACCCAUCAGUAUGCAAUGAAUAGUGUCAGGUAGUUAGUUUAAAACCAUUUGCUGGCAAAAAAAAAACAAAAAAAAACAUUCAUACUCUGUAACCGUACUGUUUCAUAGUUAAUAAUUAGCAAAAUUUCAACAUAAUUGUAGCCAGCUUGUCCUCUGUUUAUUGUUUUUCCACUUAUUCUGGGUCUUUACAGGGAUGUCAUUCAGAUAUGUAAAAGUCACAUAUAAUCCCUUUGCUAUUUUGACAUCACUAUGGACACAGAUUAGUGUUAAAAUGGUUAACCCCAACACAUCUAUGCAAACCCUCCUCCAUCAUGACUGUUGGUGUGUGUGGUGACAGUAGCACUGAUCUAAUCAGAGCAGUGGCAUAGAAAAAUUAAUUAUGUGCUUCAUUAGGUGUUUUUUUCACUUUCAGAACAAAGGACUAUGACAUUUAAUGAGCAAUACCUCCUCACGUCCCAUGUCUUGAUGAUAGUGUCAAUUCUUUUUAAGACAGCUGGAGAUGUGAUGAACGGAUGAAUCUGACACUAGCUGCAGAUUCAGUACUUGGCUCAGAAAUAUUGAGGACAAAUUAAGAACAUCCACUUCUCUCCUGUUGUCCGUUGUGUGUUUCUUUGUUCAUGCUUGAUUGGGAAUGACUUUGAUGAUGCAAACACUUCAAAAAAGUGUCCUAGCUGUUUUUUUUUUUCUCACCAUGCUGUUGUUUCUUUUGUCUUUAAGUUUACAUGUCACUCUUUCUCUCUGGCGAAAGUGAAAUAAAAUCAUAGCUAAAUUAAUUCAUUCCUUCAGAUUGACAAUUGUUGUAUUUAUAAUUAAUGAAAAUGACAUUUGUGAUGAGUAAUAAACUAUAAUAUAUUAAA